AUGUCUAAAUCGCUGCAACUCAAGGAAGAAGGCAACCGCCACUUCCAGGCCGGCGACUACAUCGGCGCCGACGGCCUCUACUCCAAAGCCAUCAUCGCCGACGCCAAAAACCCCGCCCUCUACACCAACCGCGCCAUGGCCCGCCUCAAGCUCGGCCACUGGGAAUCCGUCAUCGCCGACUGCCAGACCUGCCUCGCCCUCUCCCCCCAAAACAUGAAGGCCCACUACUACCUCGCCCAGGCCCAGCUCUCCAUCCGCGACUUCGACAGCGCCCUCGACAGCGCCCUCGCCGCGCACAAGCUCUGCGCCGCCACAAACGACAAGUCCCUCGGCGCCGUCACCGCCAUGGUGCUCAGGUGCAAGAAGGACCGCUGGGGGGAUCGCGAGAAGAAGCGGCUGCGGCUGGAGCGCGAGGUGGAGGAGAGAAUGCUCGCCUUGCUGAGGAGGGAUCGCGAUGAGAUGCUCGUGGCGGAGGACAGCGAGAUUGAGCGCGGCAUGAUUGAGGAGGAGGCCAACGAAAAGAUUGCGACGCUGAGCAGUGUUUUUGAAGCGUCUAGAUCGCAGAACCAGAAGAAGCGCGAGGUUCCCGACUGGGCUAUUGACGACAUCAGCUUCGACAUCAUGGUCGACCCCGUCAUUACAAAAACAGGCAAAUCCUACGAACGCGCCACCAUCAUGGAGCAUCUCCGCCGCCACCCCUCCGACCCCCUCACCCGCGAGCCUCUCUCCGCCGCCGACCUGCGGCCCAACCUCGCCCUGCGACAGGCGUGCGAGGAGUUUCUGGAGCAGAAUGGCUGGGCCGUCGAUUGGUAG